AUGGCGAACUCUCCAACCACUCAAACAUCCCCUUCAUCAUCUUCUUCUUCUUCUUCUUUACCUCCAUGGGAUGUUUUUCUCAGUUUCCAUGGCGAGGACACCCGCAAGAGUUUUACCGCCCAUCUAUAUACUGCUUUGAAACAAAGAAGUAUUUCUACCUUUAGGGACGACAAAGAACUGGAGAGAGGAAAAUAUAUAUCUCAAGAACUCUUGAAUGCAAUUGAAAACUCCAUAGAUGAGUCAACAUUUAUUGAAGUGAUCGUAGAUCAAGUAAUACUUGCUAAAUUAAAUUCUACAUUCUCGAUUGUUUCCAAGAAGCUUGUUGGAAUAGACUCUCGUCUAGAGAAAUUGAUGAAUUUGUAUUUAAAUAUUAGAUCGGAUGAUGUUCGCUUUCUAGGUACAUGGGGGAUGGGUGGUAUUGGGAAGACGUCUCUUGCACGUGCUGUUUUUGACAAAAUUUCUAGUCAAUUUAAAGUUAGUAGCUUUAUUGCCAAUGUUAGAGAAACAAGUACACGAGGAAAUGGUGGUCUAGUUGAUUUACAAAAACAACUUCUUUCCGAUCUCUUCAAAGAUAAGAGUAGCGACAUAAAAGAUGUCGACAGAGGAAAAAACAAAAUUAGACACAGACUACGUCAUAGAAGGGUUCUUGUUGUUGUGGAUGAUGUGGAUCAAACCCAACAAUUAGAAGCAUUAGCAAUUGAGCGCGAUUGGUUUGGUGGAGGGAGUGUAAUCAUUAUAACAACAAGAGAUAAGCAUCUGUUGAUAGAACGUGGAUUGGAUGAAGAUGAAAUUUAUAGGGCUAAAGAAUUGGAUGAUGAUGAAGCUCUCCAACUCUUUAGUUGGAAAGCCUUCAAGAAAGACCUCCCUCUAGAAGGUUUUGUGGAGCUUUCCAAGCAGAUUAUACAUUAUGCUAAUGGCCUUCCUUUAGCUAUUGAAGUUUUGGGUCGAUUUUUAUGUCGGCAAAAUGCAGACCUUUGGGAAAGUGCUUUGAGACGUCUAAGUAAAAACCCCAAGAAAGAAAUCGUGGAUACACUUAAAAUAAGUUUCGAUGGACUCGAGGAGAACGAGCAAAAUGUUUUUCUAGAUAUUGCAUGUUACUUCAAAGGGGAGAAGUAUGUCAACCGUGUCAAGAGCAUACCAGAAAGUUGUGAUUAUCACCCAAGCAGUGGUAUAGAGAUUCUAAUAAAUAAGUCUUCCAUAACAAUCUCGAGAGGAAAACUGUGGAUGCAUGAUCUACUCCAAGAAAUGGGUCAUGAAAUUGUUCGUCGCCAAUCUCAAGGAGAUCCUGCCAGACAGAGUAGGUUGUGGCUUACUAAUGACAUCAUUCGUGUACUAAAGAACAAUAGUGGAACAAACAGGAUCGAAGGCAUAGUCCUCAACUCUCCUUCACAAGAAGAACUACACUUGAAUUCUGGCGUCUUCUCGGAGAUGAAGAACUUACGAUUGCUCAAGAUCAUAGGUUCCACAUCUCUUACUAGCCUUCCCUGUAACAUUAGUUGGGAUUCCCUAGAAAUUUUGAUUCUUUCUGGCUGUACGAGACUCUGGAAGUUUCCUGAAACGGUGGGAAACAUGAAUCGUUUGAGGCAACUUGAUUUGGAUGGGAUUGCAUUAGUAGAACUUCCAUCAUCAAUUGGGCACUUAAUUGGCCUCACUUAUUUGAGUUUGAGAGGCUGCAAAAGCCUCUUGAGUCUUCCGAGUGCUAUUUAUGGUUUGACAUCUCUUAAAACUCUUGCACUCUCUGGUUGUUCACAACUUGAGGAAAUGCCCGAGGGACUAGGGAAUUUGGAACAUCUGAAGGAGCUCGAUAUAAGUGAAACCGCUAUAAGGCAAUUUCCAUCCUCCAUUACACGUCUACAAAAUCUUAAAAUGUUGUGCUUCCAAGGAUGUUCAUGUUUUCCACCUAAGUUGUUUCUCAAACGAUUAGUAACUUGGUUUUGGGGGAACCCCGACACUGGUUUGGUUUUGCCUACUUCGUUGUCAAGUACUCUAUGCAGCUUGAAGAACUUAGAUUUGAGUAAUUGCCAUUUAAAAGAUGGAGCAAUUCCCAAUGACCUAAGUGAAUUGUCAUCACUGCUAGCUCAAGAUCUAAGUGGAAAUGAUUUCACGCUCUUACCUGAAAGCAUAUCUCAACUUUCGAAGCUUUAUGUUAUUUUCUUGAGAAGCUGUAGCCAGCUUCGAUCAUUGCCAGAACUUCCGUCAAGUAUAGUAUACGUUGAUGCUCAAGAUUGUAUCUCAUUGGGAACAUGUUCUAAUAAAAUUCAUACAUGGGUAGCAGAUGAAACUGGAUUAGCUAUUCUAAAGAGUACCUGUAAGCCACGUCGAUUGAAAAAUGGACAACGUGACCUAUUGAAAGAAAGAACCACUAAGGCACACAGUGAUCUUGCCAGAGUCAUCUCGGGUGGUUCAAGAGCAAUAGAAAUUCCAACGUGGUUCCAGAAUCAGAGUAUGGGUUCCUCGAUUACAAUCUGGUUGCAUCCUGAUUUGGAUGAUAGUAGAAAGUGGUUGGGAUAUGCUCUUUAUUUUUCCUAUGAAAUCAAUGACCUUGAAAGUUUGGAGUCAACACAUUUUACGAGGUUAGAUUAUGAGGAGCUUGUGUUUCAUUUUGUCACCGAUGAAGGUCCUCUCAAAACCCUCCUAAAGUUCGAUACACUCCAGAAAUUCCCCAAUACUAUUGAUACACCAGCAGGACAUUGGUUAUAUGUACCACGCAUCUGGUUUAACAAAGAGUCAAAGGAGGUGGAUACAUGGAGUUACAUUGAGGUUUCAAUUAUGAUUGGCAAUCCAUUCAUGAAGGUGGACAAGUGCGGGGCUCAACUAGUCUACGAGCAAACUCUCCAAGAGUUUAUCGAUGCAGUUUUUCCACAUCCUGAUCGAAUUUUGAAUACAAAUUCAAUUAGGAGUUUGGCUAAUAGACUUCAAAAAUAA